AUGGCGACUCACAUCGAAGGCAUCGCGUCUUCGCAUUCCAUUUUCGGAGGAAGCUUCGGGCAAUACACAGUGUCCAAUAGAGAUGACACAUGCACUCUCGUCGACUCUACAGAAGUCGUACAAAUUCAGGACAUGAAGUCACUGGACGACAAAUCUACUUUGGGUCAACACGAGAAGGACUCACUCCUUCCAACAUCCACAACCGAGACAGAAUCCGCAACCACACAACCAGAAAAGGAGCUCAUCACAUUCAUGACCCUCCCCAUCGAACUCCGCACAACAAUCUACAAACUCGCCCUCAUCACACAAGACAAAACCAUUACCCUCGCCGCCCCCCUGACCACGAAUCUAUCUCUGUGUCAACACACCUCACCAGUACCGGUACAUCCUGCAGUCGCAAAACCCAUCCUCAACGUCAACCUCCUCCGCGCCUCCCCUCAAAUCUACAUCGAAGCAUCCCAAUACGCCUUCAAAAACCGCAUCUUCAAAUUCUCCAAACAAUGCACGAGAUGCCUAACCCACCUUUCCCUAAACGACUCUUUAUAUCUCAAAACACUGAAUCAGCACACCCUGUCCCGCAUUGAGAAAUUGGAAAUCCCAAUUUCUGUGGACUGCUCGAUUGAAAAACCAGCAAGGUCGUUUAGAGCUCGAUGCCCUCGCUCACUUCUCUUACUGUGA